ACUCCGAUCUCGGUGUCGGUCUCCGCGCUCUCUGGAGACCAGUGGUCUGGCUGGACUGUGCGGCCACGGGAAGUGAUCGUUCUGUCGGGACCCUAGCUGAGUGCUAGGGUGUCUCCUUUUAGGAGCGGAGGGGCUCUCGGUCCCUGCGCCGACUCUUUGGCGUUUCUUAGGAUCUUGCGGGCCCUUUGGGGAAGAAGAUUACAGAUUUUCCUCGAAGAAUAUUUUUUUCUUCACAAUGGUUUUUGGUGCUUUUUGCCCUAAAGGAAGUUUAUCCUCAAAAAAGUCAGUUCCCUAGAAACUCCAUUCUCUAUUUUUUAGUAUUUGGAGUGGUUUAUAGGGGAUUGGUAAUCCCGGAAGGAGAAUCCUACCUAGUACAGACACAGGAUUAGUGUACCUAUCAUAAAAUGUGUUUUAAAAAUAAAUAUUAAACUUUUGUUGGAAUGAAGAAUGUCUCUUAAUCCACCUAUAUUUCUUGAAGAAAGUGAAGAAAGUAAUACAAAAUUUGUGGAAACACAGCAAUCACAACAAACUUCCACAGUUUCAAAUGAUCCCCUUCAGAACUUAUGCUUAGCAUCUCAAGAAGUUCUUCAAAAAGCUCAGCAAAGUGGGAGAUCAAAAUGUCUCAAAUGUGGUGGUUCAAGGAUGUUCUACUGCUAUACAUGUUACGUCCCAGUUGAAAAUGUACCUGUUGAACAGAUUCCACUUGUGAAGCUUCCAUUGAAGAUUGACAUCAUUAAACAUCCAAAUGAAACAGAUGGCAAAAGUACUGCUAUACAUGCAAAACUCUUAGCUCCUGAAUUUGUAAACAUUUACACAUAUCCUUGUAUUCCAGAGUAUGAAGAAAAGGACCAUGAAGUUGUACUUGUUUUUCCUGGACCUCAGUCUGUCUCAAUAAAAGAGAUUUCUUUUCAUCUGCAAAAAAGGAUUCAAAAUAAUGUUAGAGGCAAAAAUGAUGACCCUGAUGUGCCAUUUUUUAAACGCAAGAAAACAGAAGAACAGGAAGGCUGUGAUUUGAAAGACAGCAAAUGCAAAGGAACAACACUGAAAAAAGUUAUAUUUAUAGAUAGCACUUGGAACCAAACAAACAAAAUCAUCACUGAUGAGCGACUUCAAGGGUUGUUGCAAGUUGAAUUGAAAACAAGAAAAACUUGCUUUUGGCGCCAUCAAAAAGGAAAGCCAGAUACUUUCCUUUCCACAAUUGAAGCCAUUUACUACUUUCUAGUAGACUACCAUACUGAUAUAUUAAAAGAGAAAUACAAAGGACAAUAUGACAAUCUUUUAUUUUUCUAUUCUUUUAUGUACCAGUUGAUAAAGAAUGCUAAAUGCUCUGGAAAUAAAGAAACAAGAAAACUUACCCAUUAGUUUGUAACAAGCCACCUAUGUCUUUUUAUUUUGCUAAAAUUAAUAAACAUAUUUGUACUCUGUUUAUUCUUA